AGGGACCUCAAUGUCGAAGUAGAAUGCCGAAAGUCUUCCGACCCAGGAUCGCUCACCCAUCAGCUAAAACCGUGUCGUACGUAUCAAUUUAGCAAUAUCUCUUUAUUGGUCUUGCAUAGAAAAGAAUCAACACCAUGCUCCUCCACUGAUGACAUCCGCCCCAGAUCUCCUUCCCCUAGAAACACUUCAGUUUUCACCAAACCAACUCCAACAAAACCUAAAUCAGAUUCUCAUCCAACGCGCACACAUAGUAAACCUAGCGGUGAUCCCAUGCCGGAUGUUGACAAACCUCUGGAUCGAUCGAGUGUUUCCUUACGUUCUUUACUUAACUGGGCCCCUGUAAAUAAACCUCCACCCACUUACCGCCAAAACCGGACAACAGCGUCUAAUAACUCGGCCCCUUCGUCCGAAGUUGUUAAGAAAUCCGACCCUUCCCCCGUCAAACAUUCUCCCAUCAUUCCAAACUUGGCCUCGAAUUCGGCUCCCCAGUCGGAUCUCCUCGCCCCACAGCUGCGACUGGAUGCAGAUGGGAAUAUUGUGCUGGACGAGACUAGUCUAUUAGUCUCUUUGCCUGAGACCACUAUGAACACGAGUGGAAUGCGUUUCGUAGAUGAGGAGUCAGGCUUACUCAGUGUGACCUAUAACAGCUUUCGUCCUCAGGAAAAGCGUGGUGGCCGGUGGGACGCGCGUGAGACUGUACGGUUCUACCGUGCACUCAGUACAAUAGGACCAGAUUUCUAUUUAAUGCUGAAACUGUUUCCCAACAGAAAUCGCGAAGAAUUGAAGCGAAAGUUCAAACGCGAGAGCCGUGCUCAUCCCUACCUAGUCAACCAAGCAUUGCGCAAUCGUCGGUCUUAUGACCUCACGGCCCUCGUGGCUUUGAGUGACGAGGACGAGGACGAUGAAAAAGAGGAGAAAAAGGAUGUGAAGGAGAAAAUCGAGAAGAAACCUAUUGUCAGGUCCAGACGCAAACGAUCGCCGGCCACGAAAAUUCAGAAAACAAGUAGAGGCUCCAACAACUACGAUCCUAAUAAGGUCUUAGAAACUAUCGACGCGGUUCUCGCAAAGGAGACGGCGGAUGAUAACGUGUCAGGUGUCCUAGCUGUUGAAGCACCUUCAUCGGGUCAAACGACUUGUGUUCUUGAUCGAAUGAUUGCCGCAAAACAACGCGAAGUUGAGUUGGAGACGGUGGGCUCCACAAAAAUCAAACAGCCCAGUUCGCGUCCGACCACUCGUGCCCAUCCUCAAAGAACAGCCAUCAGACGGCGUGAGGCUGAAUUGAUGGAAUAUGAACUUGUCCCUGCUCUGGUCACCUUUCCUGCGGCACCUUUGCCUGCCUCUCGAUAGAUUGCGACUCCGUACUGGCUGACCAACCUGCUGCCAGACUACAGACAUCGAAAUCCAAGUCACCAGUCCUCAUCACAUCAAACUUCAGAACCAAUCCAAAUUCCUCGAUCCCUGUUGCAAAAUGUGCAAUCAGUGUUUUAUAUACAUGUUUAUUGACUUCGUGUACGGGAGGCUAGUGGUGUGUCAGUUUUUUACGCCGAGAAUAAUAC